AUGUCUAGCUCAUCUAGCUCUAGCGAUGAUGAAAUGAUAGAGACGUUCUUUCUUAUGGGAGCUGCUGUCGUUAAGGAAGAAGAACAAGAGAAAUGUUCAACUUCAGUUCAACACAAACGACGUAUCGUGCUCCAUCGAAACCGACUGGAAGGCCACAAUCGGUUAUUCCAAGAUUAUUUUGCUGACGCACUAACCUAUCCUCUUUAUUAUUUUCGUCAAAGGUUCAGAAUGAGGCGAUUGUUAUUCCUUCGAAUCCACGACGCAGUCGUCGAACAUGACAAGUACUUCGUCCAAAAGAGGAAUGGUGCUGGACAGUUAGGACUAUCUAGUCUUCAAAAGAUUACUGCAGCUAUGCGGAUGCUCGCAUAUGGAGCAUCCGCUGACUCCGUUGACGACUACGUUCGGAUCGGUAAAAGUACGUCGCUUGAGAGCGUGAAGAGGUUCGUUCGAUCGAUUAUCAACAUCUUUGGAGAGGAAUACCUUCGUGCACCGACUAAUGAAGACGUUGCACGCCUGCUCGAGGAAGGCUCACAACGAGGUUUUCCUGGUAUGCUUGGGAGCAUUGACUGCAUGCACUUGACUUGGAAGAACUAUCCAACUGCCUGGCAAGGUAUGUAUACUGGACAUUUUCAUGAACCUACAAUUAUUUUGGAGGCCGUAGCUAGCAAAGAUCUUUGGAUAUGGCAUGCCUUCUUUGGACUGCCGGGGUCUCACAAUGCCUUAAUGUUCUACAUCAUUCACCGGUUUUCGCACAACUUGCGGAGGGAAGAGCUUCACCGUGCAACUAUACUGUCAAUGGCCACGAGUAUAAUAUGGGAUACUAUCUCGCCGACGGGAUUUACCCAGAGUGGUCCACAGUGCUGA